UGCAGCUCCGCCUUUUCUAACUUUGUAUAAUAAAGUCCCUUUACUAGGUGGUUCAUAUUGAAAAGGUUGUCAAUGUUUUGGAUAGUUAGACUAAUCAGCUUCUGAAAUGGAGACAUAAAUAUAAGAUGCUGAGAAGCGUCGGAUAAUUUGGCAGGUGAAAGCCAAGAGACGAUCACUAAUCCAUCACGCGCCGAUCACAAGGAAAUCCAUAAAACCAUCCACCGUCUUCAAUCGCUUCCACCUUACACCUCCGUGCAAUAUCCUUCGCCAUGGCCGACAUCGACAUCACCGAGACCCAGUUCCAGCUCCCCGACGGAUUGUCCGUCUACCAGAAGACAUGGGCACCGAGUAGCGCUGCCCCCGUAGCGCGCCUGGUCCAUUUUCAUGGUUUUAGCGACCAUAUCAACAACACGUAUGAUCUGUUUCCAUUUCUCGCCCGCCGUGGGAUCUUCUGUACAGGAAUCGAUCAGCGCGGUUGGGGCCGGUCGGCCAAAACCAAGGCCGAUCGCGGGAAUACAGGCCCGACCGCUGUCGUUCUGGCCGAUCAUGCAGCAUUCAUCGAGGCCCAACUCGAAGCGACACCGUCUGUUCCCGUGUUCGUCAUGGGUCACUCAAUGGGCGGGGGAUUGGUCGCAACGUUAGCCUCUACGCCCAAGUAUCAAGAUCUUGUUUCCCGCCUGGGGGGGAUCAUGCUCGCGGCACCGUUUAUCGGUCUCGACGCAGAGCAGAAACCGAGCGUCAUCACUGUUGCUCUCGGUCGGCUGGCUGGUAAACUAUUGCCUCACUUCCAGCUUACCCAGCCGAUGAAGGCCGAAACGAUCGUGCGGGACCCGGCUGUGCAGCAAUCCCUGAAGGAUGACCCGCUCAACCCUUGUGUUGGCACGCUAGAGAUGUUUGCGAACAUGCUCGACCGUGCUGCCGAUUUGACUUCCGGCAAGUUGAAGCUGAAUGAUGGGGUUCGGUCGGUCUAUGUGGCCCAUGGCACGGGGGACCAGGUCACCAGUCACGAUGCGAGUAAGCACUGGUUUGAUGCACAGACCGGCAAGGUCGCAGACCGGAAGUUCAAGUCUUACGAAGGCUGGAGCCAUCUGCUUCAUGCGGACCUGCCGGAGAAUAGGCAAGAGUUUGCCGAUGAUAUUGCGGGAUGGAUUCUCGCACGAGUGUAGAUGUUUGGAUGUGCAGGCGGCGUCUUCGGUUUUAUAGCUAGGAAUUUAUUUAAUGGUUUUCAUGCAUGUAUUCCUCUUUCGAACAAUCGAUCAGAAGUUUUUCCUUUCUACUGAGUGUCCUCUGAUCCGCUACUAUGGUCCGAGAACAGUCCUUGCUGGUGUGGUGUAACUCUGAAGCACCCAGUAGGGUUUAUAUAUAUAUAACAAUGCAAGCCGCUGGCAUGGUAGAGUGGAUUGGCUGGUUCACGGCUCAAGCUGCAAAGAAGACACCAUGUACCAGUUAGAAAGGUCAAA